AUGGGUCGUAUGCAUAGUAAAGGAAAGGGAAUUUCAUCUUCCGCAAUUCCAUACUCAAGAAAUGUUCCUUCAUGGUUCAAGUCCUCUCCAGAGGCUGUCGUUGAGCAGAUCCUGAAGUACGCCAAGAAGGGUAUGACUCCUUCUGAGAUCGGUGUUGUUCUCAGAGAUGCUCAUGGUGUUAACCAGGUUAAGGUUAUCACUGGUAACAAGAUCAUGAGAAUCUUGAAGUCUAACGGUUUGGCCCCAGAGCUUCCAGAGGACUUGUACUUCUUGAUCAAGAAGGCUGUCAACGUCAGAAAACACUUGGAAAGAAACAGAAAGGACAAGGACGCCAAGUUCAGAUUGAUUUUGGUUGAAUCCAGAAUCCACAGAUUGGCCAGAUACUACAGAUCCGUUUCUGUCUUACCUCCAACCUGGAGAUACGAGUCUGCCACUGCUUCUGCUUUGGUUAACUAA